AUGACAUUGAGGCAAACGGACGCUGAGGGGCCUCAGGGGAUUUGCCAGCAGCUGCGGCAGCUCUGCCUUCGAUGGCUGAAGCCGGAAAGGCACACCAAGGAGCAGAUCCUGGAACUGGUGGUUCUGGAGCAGUUCCUGAUCAUCCUGCCUCAAGAACUCCAGGAGUGGGUCAGGGAAGGGAGACCACAGACCUGUGCCCAGGCCGUGGCCCUGGCACAGGGUUUCCUACAGAAGCAACGUGAAGUUCAGGUACGUGGCCCAGAGGCAGAAGUUGCCCCACUGGAGGCCAAGCAGACGCCCCUCUUCAAGGACCUCAAACAGGAGAGCGACACCGAGACUCAACACAGCAGCAGCUCUGAUGCCAGCUGUCUGGGAGAUGAUACAAGGCCCAGAGAUCAGAAUCAAAACAAAGUUGAACAUUCCAAGGAAUUGGAAUUGCGUUGGACGCUGCGAGGAAGCGGUCAGCAAGAUCUCUCCCACCGUGCUGAUCAGGAAGAAGCCUCUGAAUACCAGCAGGAAAGCUGCCCAGGGGAGGCAGGAGACAAAAUCUUUCAGUGUGACUUUCAAGCGUGUGAAAGAAUCUCACCAGGAGGGAAACAACAUACGUGUUCUUUCUGUGGAAAAAGCUUUAACCAGCGAUCAACUCUUACUGUGCACGAAAGGACGCACACAGGAGAGAGACCAUAUGAAUGUCCAGACUGUGAGAGGCGGUUUAGCCAUCGCUCAAACCUUUUUGCUCACAAAACAGUCCACACAGGAGGGAGACCAUAUAAGUGCUCUGACUGUGGGGACAGUUUUAGGCACCGGUCCCACCUCAUCGCUCAUAAGAGGAUUCACACAGGUGAAAGGCCACACAAGUGCUCAGACUGUGGGAAAAGCUUCAACCAGAGAUCGGCCCUCACCGUACAUGAGCGCACCCACACAGGAGAGAAGCCAUAUAUAUGCUCCGACUGUGGGAAAAGCUUUAACCAGAGGUCAAUUCUUAUUGCGCAUGAAAGAACCCACACAGGAGAAAGGCCGUUUAAAUGCUCAGACUGCGGGAAGAGCUUCAAACAGCUCUCGGCUCUCACUGCGCAUGUCCGAAGCCACACGGGGGAAAGACCAUAUGUGUGCUUGGACUGUGGGAAGAGCUUUACUCGCAGCUCCCUCCUCAUUAAGCACAGGAGGACCCACACAGGAGAAAAACCGUAUGAAUGCUCAAACUGUGAGAGACGGUUCAGUCAGCGCUCUCAGCUUGUUAGUCAUGAGAAAACCCACAAAGGACAGAAAUCAUAUUGAGGCUUGGAAUGGGGAGGAAGCUUGAACUACAAGCCAAACUACAAGCACAUAGCUGGAGGGGAACCAUGAGGAAGAAAAGGCUGAUUUCCUUGGCAAGUGUGCCACACAAGAUCACAGUAUAGGGUAGUACCUCUCUAAUGUGCAGCACACAUAGACCCUGUGGCUUGGGUUGGUUUUCUUUCUAGUCUACUAAACCACAAAGCAGGCAGUUUCACGAGGCAGGGAUGUGGGCCUCACUUGGUGGCACCAGAGCUAGGCCCAAAGGUCCACCUGCUGCUAUCCAAACGUGCCACAGCCGUCUUCAGCAUAAGCCACUAUUAGUUAUCUACAGGAUUGGUCAGCUGUUACCCUCCAGGAGGGUGUAGUGAGAGAGCUGUCCUUUUUAAAUACUGACCAAUUGGGGUGAGAAACCAGGGAGAAAAACCACCCUGCAAACCAAA